AUGGGUGCUGUUUCAAUGAUUCUCUUGAUACUAGUCACCAUCUUCAUACCUCCAGUUGGUGUCUUCCUAGUAUCAGGCUGUGGACCGGAUCUCCUGAUAAACAUAUGUUUAACACUCCUUGGAUACAUACCCGGACACAUCCACGCAUUCUAUAUCGAAUACGUGUACUAUGAACGACGAGAAGCAGGUAGAGAAGGGAGAUUCCAAGCGGCGAGAGCUCCGGGAAUUUAUUCGGAUAGGGUGCAAGGAGGUGGUUACGUUCAUGAGGCGAGACCAUAA